AUUAUUGGUUUUUCGUGCGCAUUUGCCCUCGGUUUAUUAUUUAAUAUUUUAGCAUGCAUUAUUUCACAUUCAGGAUACCCAAUUAUUGUUGUGGCAUCAUAUUUCCUUGCACCAUUUCCCAAUUUAAUAUGUAAAAAUAAUGAUAGUUUUUCAAGCGAAAAUGGAGUCAUUCAUGAUGUUGGUUUAUUUUUAACAGGAUUUUUAAUUGCCUCAGGUUUUGCCAUACCAUGUAUUCUUGCUCAUUCUGAUAUUAUAAGCACAAAAGCAUUAGGUUUUUCAAUUGGCGGUGGUGUUAUUGUUUAUGCAACCAUUAUUGCAUUCCUUUGGUAUUUCAAUAGAGAGGAUGAAGAAAAUAAAGAUUGGUAA